AUACGAAUGCUUUCAACACUGGUUUCGAUUAUUUAGUGACAAAAACAGAAACUGAAAGUCGUUUUCAAUUUGUGUCACAAAAAAGAGAUCACAAAUCAAUUGAUCCGAAGAAGUGAUGGCGACUGCGAUGGCAGAGAUGGCAGAUAUGGCUGAAGCGGAACGACUGGAAGCGUCUAUGAAUAAGGACGCCAUCGACUUCUUCCGAUCGCUGGUUAACUACAAGACAUCUGCGGGAAAGAGCACUCGUCCGACCAAUUUUGCCGGACAUAUCGGGCGUCACAUGGGAUCCGAUCUGAAGAAGUGGUUUCUGGCCAAAUAUCCCUAUCACUCGGAUUUCGUGAAGUUCUUCCACGAGAACGACAACGUCUUCGUCUAUGACUACAUGUCGGGUGAGGUUAAGCUCCGGCUGUCGUCC